AAAAAAAAAGAAAAGAAAAUCACGGAAGAGAGUUUAGCAGUUGUACGAGUUUGGCAAGUUGCGUGGACUCGAAGCGGGUGUCGCUGCAAAACCACGAGGAGAAGAAAGGGCGCUCCUAAAAGACACUUUUUGCGCACUUUUGCACGCUUGGUCCGACGCUUUACGAAAGGGGAGUCAUGGAGGAAGCCAUUCAGACGGUGGUCAAGGUCUUCUUGAAGUCCGGAAAAGGAAAGGAGAGUUUGGGACCCAAAGACUUCCAGAACUUGGUCAAAAGCCAACUCAGCAACAUCCUCACGGAUACGGAAAGCAAGGAGGCGGUUAACAACAUGGGGAAGGGGCUCGACGAAAACAAGGACGGCAAGGUGGGCUUUGAGGAGUACAUGAAGCUGGUGGGCUACCUGGCUAACGCCGUGAGCGAGCAGCGUUGCCGUGCCAACGAUGGCCAGCCGGCCCAAAACGCCCAGAGUGCCGCCGUGGAGAACGCCACCCCGGAGAACGCAGCCCCCAAGGUGGAAUCCCCGGAGGUCAAGCUUGAAGCCAAGGCAGAUGGAAAGAUGGAGAUGAAGGUGGAGAAGAACGAGGUGGAGAAGCCUGCCGAGGUGACCCUACCGGGUAUGAAGAUCACCGCACCGAGCGUGGAGUUGUCCUCAACUGGCCUGGACGUGACUCCACCUGGCGUGAGCGUGACCUCAACUGGCGUGAACGUGACCUCACCUAGCCUGAACGUGACCUCACCUGGCGUGAACGUGACCUCACCUGGUGUGGACGUGACCCCACCGAGCGUAGACGUGACCUCACCGAGCGUGGAGGUGACAUCCUCAAGUGUGGAGGUGAUGGUGAAGGAGGAGAUCACCGAGACGGAAAAGAUGGCCGAAGAUGCGGCGGAGAAGACGGCCAACGCGGCUGAGGAAGAGGCCGAGAAGAAGCCUGAGGAAUCUGCCACCUCGUAGGGGACAAUCAUUCCAACCAUCCUUCCAUCCAUCACACUAAUAAUAAUAAUAUUCCAAGUAAUAAUUACACUCCAUCAACACUAAGAACCACUACAACAGCUAAAGGCCUAAAUUUAUGACAAGUAUAUGACCACUAGCUAGCUUACUUGAUAUAUGGAACAUCUCUUAGUCGUUAGCCAUUGAUGGUUACAGACGUCAAACAUCCAUUUUAAUUGAGCUGCCAGUGAACGACUUAAUAGCAUUUUCUAGCUCUCUAUUUAGCUACAUAUGAUGUACAAAUACAGUAAUCCCUCGUUUAUCGCGGAUAAUUGGUUCAAAAAAUCACCCGCGAUAAGUAAAAUCCGCGAAGUACGGUCACCAACAAGAAGUACUGGGCAGGCUAAUGAGUUGGCGGAAAGACGCUAAUUCGCGAUCGUGCUAACACGCGAAAACGGACUUCUAAAGGAAUGUAAACGAACAUUUGGAGCAAUGCUACAUUGUCCUAAAGGUUAGACACAUGUUAUCUCAAUUUAGAAGUUUUAUUUUGACUUUUAAAUGUUUUUUUUAAUUUGGGGGGAAAAAAAACGCGAUGUAGUGAAGCCGCGAUAACGCGAAGUAGCGAGGGAUCACUGUACACAUACCAUAAGCUAGCUAGUUAGAUCGCUAGUUGGCUACCUAAAACUAAAACAUCAGCAACAGGGAUAGAGUCCUAAAUUUACGACAGAUUUACGACUAUGAAUUAUGAGCAUCUGUGGCGUCGAAUGCACUAAAACGACACCAUGUGUUACAACCACUGCAGUAAAGCGGGCCUUGCGAAACGACUUACCACUGCUAGCAUGUGCAUGCCACUAACACAGCACAUUUACCCCGUAUCAUGUGAAAAUACGGCGCCGUUUACACCCCUUGUGCUCAAAAAGGGAAUAGUUUGCAUAUAUCCAGCCAUCCUUAGUUGUACUAGACUAUAUUUCCUUUAUUGCUAAUUAAUUUUCCCCAUUUUAUUGCAACUCACAAAUGCUUUUUGGUGCUGAUUUUAGCCUGACAAUAAAUACACUAAACUGCAUGCCUCCUUAUUCUCCUUUUCCUCCUUUUUUUUUUUUUUUCUUCAGCUUCUUUUUAUAUCCUCACUUCACCUGGAAGCGACAUUAAAGCCCCACCGCAGCCACAAUUAGACACGGAGAUCGGGUGUACCGUUAAAUAAUUAAGACUCAAGGAGGGAAUCCAAAACGAUACUUGUUCGUUACAAGGUGGGGGAGGCUGGAAAUAGGCCUGAGUGGAAAGAGAGUGAGCGUGCAUCCUCCCAGAUUGGGAUUGUAGAAUCAUGUUUGACUCGGGGUGACUAAACAAACGGAACUAUGGUAAGCGAGAUUGGAGGCCAAAAGAAUUGCGGCGUAAUUGCGCUGAAUUAAGGGGAACUGUUUGGUGUGGAAACCUGAUUUAGCUUUCUGUUUUCCAGAGUUGAGACAUUUUUUCCGAAUGCAGCGUUGAAUGUAACCACAAUCCUUUUGUGUUCAAAUAUGGAAAAUUCCAAUGUGGGAGUUGUUUAAAAAACAUUCCUGUCGCCCAGGCUAGUCUUUUGUUUUUGUUUGUGGCCCUUUAGUUAGUCUAAAGACCCCGUUUGACCUGACAUUGCGUCUCCUCCCUGACCGGAUUAGACAACACACACCCUUGGGAUACAAACACACACACACAAUUUCCUGAAAGCCAUCCCUUCCAUUUUGUUUGUCUAGCACUCUGAGCCCCUGGAAAAAGAAAUAUCCAGCCGGUUGCAACGUGCUCGUAUGUAAACCUUCAGCUCCCGUUUUUUAAUUACGAUUUAAUGCGUUGUAAAUUGUCACGUCAUCAAUAAUGCAAACCUAAAGAAAAAAAGACUCAUGUUGCGCAUGCUGUCGGCUUUAACACCACGACCACUAACACAACCACUACGGCCUGUGCGCAACGCCGAGCGCUUGGCAAAUAAAGGUCAUGUGCUCCUGGCACUCCCACUGUAAAUAUUGCACACUCUGCUCAGCCUUUAUAAUCUUUUUUUUUUUUUUUAUCACAAUGGUGACUAACAUAUUGGGCAUUUAGGGCUUCAGUUUCUUAUAUAACGCUGCCACAAAAAUCUGCGAUCUAGUCGAGGCUUCACCGCACUUCUCUUUUCAAGGUACUUCCGAAAACUAAAAGCAACAUAUCAGUCCAACUUCCUGUCAUUAUAAUGAAUGCGAUCGCUGCAAGCUUUAAAUGUAACCUUCGGAAAACAAAAGGGAAAACUGGAUCGAUGAAUCGACGGUGACUCUGAUACCUCAACCUGGAAACAUCUCAUUUGGUCUUUUAUAGAUUGCUUUUUUGUUUCGUUAGCCGCGCCUACCAACGCUAACGUUCAUGCAAAUGCUGAAAAGCACGCCGCAGGGGUAAAAAGUAGAAGGGAGUGUUUGCAAAUAUGUCCCCACUCAAGAUGGAAAUGAAGAUAAGCGUUCCAGAGAGAGACACUGUGCAGUCCUCAGUUUGUGUCAGUCCACUGUCUUGUUGCACCACUACAUAUAUUAUGUUCCAUUCUUUCUUACUCCACGUAAACGCUGUGUCAUUUUAACGCUGCAUAAAUGUGUUACCGCUGAUCAUGAAUAAUAAAACUGUGACAACCUAGCCCAACUA